AUGGGGCCGAAGAAAAAGGCAGCGAAAGCUGCAGCAGCGCCUGCGAAAGCUGCAGCAGCGCCUGCCGGUGGGGCUGCUGGGCCAGGGGUGGGAGGGACCGAGACGUCCACUGCUGCCACUUUCACUCCUGCUGAAGCCAAGAAGUUGGCGAAGCUCCUGAAAGCCUCAGACCGCGGCAAACGCCUGGAUGCCAUCGGUGUUGUGUCAGAGAACCACAGAUACAUCGCUAGCGGGGGAUGUCUGCUCCCGCUCCUGGAGUCUGUUGUGGCCAAGAAGAAGAUGGAGGACGUAGUCCUGGCUGCGUCACAGGUGAUCGUCGACUACCUGGUUGGACGAGACCCCGGAGGAGACCCGACGGUGGUGACCGAUUCCGCGAUGGCAGCCCUGCAGGAGGCAAAGAAGAAGCCGGCAAAGUACAAGCUGGCGGAGGUGCUCACCAACCUGGUGCUUAACCCGGACCAGCAGAACUCUUGGAACGCCGUGCGGAGUCUGAGGUCCAUUGCUGCCGCCGUGCACUCGCUUCCGGCUGGCAGCUCGCAGCACGCGUCAUUGGGCGCCAUGCUCCUCAAACCGGGGAAGCCCGUUGAGCGGCUGUGCGGCUACCUCGUCGCGCAGGAAGCCCAACAAAGCACCCCCGUUGAGACCCCGGAGGCGAAGAAGGGGGCUGCUGCCGAGGGGAGAGAUCCCGUUGUCCCCUGGCCGGUGGUGCGCCUCCAAGUCAUGGACACUAUCGGAGUGAUGUGCGGGGUCAGCGACGAGGCGGUUCAGACCGUCGUUUCCACAGGCACUGUGCGUUGCGUGCUGGGGGUGUUGAGGUCUAUCACGGAGAGCGAAGCUCCGGACAUGGCACUCCUCACUUCCACGCUUGUCAUACUGUUCGCAGUGGCGAAGGCAGGCGGGGGUGGGAUAGCACCCGAGGUCGGGAUAGCCGAGGGCGACAUCGCCUCGGGUUCAUCACCGGGCGUGGCGAUGGCAGCAACGGCUGGGGUUGGUGCUAGCAGUGGUGGUGAAAUGCCGUCUGAGCUUGCGGCGUUGGCGGAGGGAGGCGCGUGGGGUGCCGUCUACGAUGCCCUCAAGGGGCCUUGCAUGGCGAGGGCAACCGAGCUGCAACAAGCAAGCGCAACGGCGGGGGGGGCGAAGAAGGGGGCAGCAGACGCGGCGGCGGCAGUCUCAGCCGACCUGACGGGUUGCUUGGACAACAUGGCUCGCUGUGCUGAGGUCCUGAGGGUGAUGGCCAUGACUGGCGCGGGGCUGGAGGAGGAAGGUGCCCUAGAGGCGGGAGUGGCCGCAAUGAGUUCGAUCCUAGGCAUGGAGGGGCUUCCCCGAGAGCAGGCUGCCGUGGCCAACCUCAUGACUGGGAUGGUGAAAGCCAUGGGUUCCAUCGCCUGCUUGAGUGAGAGCAACCGCAUCAAGGUGUGUUCCGCUGGGGCGGCUGCUAAGGUGCUCGCUCUCAUGGCUCCCCCGGACCCUUCGGCCUCCGGCGUGGGGGGGAGCUCGUCGCCGCCAGACACCCCCCACGGCCGCCUGACGCGCAAGACGGCGGAGAAGUGCCUGCACCACCUCGUCGUGUCGAGGGUAACGUGGCUGGCCGACGACCGCGCUCUGUGCGACACCAGCGCGCCGCCCGCGGACACGCCCGAGUCUUCCCAGGACAUUCCUCCUCCUUCCGGCAAUGCGGCAGGAGCAGGAGCAGGAGAGGGGGGUGAUAACGAAAAAUUCGGAACCGCUGAGACGGCAAGCCGCCCGAGAAGAAGCGGCAGUUUUGCAGCCGCCGCCGCCCCGAAUGACCCUCCUCCGGCGUUGGGGCCGGCGUACCUCUCGGUCGACGCCGUCCUUGCCGCCGCCACCGCCGGCUCGAUAGACGUGCGGUGCCGCGCGAUCCGCCUGCUGUCGCGCCUCAUGUCGUCGCCCAGGUGCGCGUCGGCCCUUGGAGUGUCCGCCGUGCCCGCUCUCGGCCGUCUCAUCGAGUGGUGGCUGCAGCCGAAGAACGGCCCCGAGGCUCAGCGCACGCCCCGCCCAUCGGAGCCCGCCGCAAGCGAGGGCGGGGGUGGAAAAUCGGCCGCAGGGGCAGCAGCAGCAGGAGGAGGGAAGAAGGGUGCCGGGGGCAAGGCGGGGGCGAAGGAGGCGGCUGCCGCGGCGGCGGCGACGGCGGCAGCGGAGGCGGCCUCCAAGAACGAGCAGGCCGCCAAGGACGAGGUGGCGGCGGCGGCGGCGGCGCGGGCCGCCGCGAAGGAGCUGGAGGAGUCGGACAGCACGAGGGUCCUGCGAGACGAGGCGCUCGCCUACGCCCUGACGGUCAUGCUCAAGCUCGCCGAGGCCGGGCGAGAACAGCGAGCGGCGAUCGGAGAGAACGCCACCGUGGAGCUCCUCGCGGGCGUCCUGAAGAGUCUCCCGUGCACGCCGGAGGAGUUUUACGCCAACGGCGGUGAACACCUUGGCUCGAUGACUGUCUGCGCGGCCGUCGCCGCUGGUACCGCACGCGGCACCAAGUCUCCGACAAUUCCUGCUGCUGCUGCUGUAGAUGAACCAGCCGUAGUGACCGCAGACAACGGCGGUGGCAAUAUUGGCACCCACCACGCCCCCUCGCAUGCCGCCGACGACAGCCUCUUGGCGGCCCCCAAGCCCGACACGACCCUCGACCUCAGCCUUGCCCACCGUCGACCGAGCUCCGGCGGCAACCCGCGGAAGCUCUGCUGCUGGCGGGGCGCCAAGAGCCGCGACCCAGAGGUCCCGCUGUUCAGUCCUCUCGACUGGGGCUGGGAUUUCGAAGUAGGAGUUUCUCAGGUGCCGGUGCAGCCGGGUCUGGUCUUGCGCGCGGCGGCGCUCCGUGUGCUACUGGCCGUGGUGGACGGCUACGACCCGGCUGUUGAGGCCACCGCCGCCGCUGAAGCAGCUGCGUCGGCGCCCGCGGCAGGGUCGAAGGGCGGCGCGGGUGCCGCGGCGGCGGCCGCCGCCGAGACGAGCGCCAAGGCAGCCGCGCUGAGCGGCGGGAGCGGCGCGCGGACGGUGCUUAAACACGUCCUGCCUGUCUGCCUGGAUCUGUUGUCGGUCGACGUUCGCCACGCGGGACGUGACGACGACGGUGUUGAAGGCGAAAAUCGUGGCGGAGGAAGCUGCAGCAGCCGAAAUCACGGGGAAAGCGGAACGGAAGCAGAUAGAAAGACAGCUUCACAACCAAAAGAGCAGCAGCAGCAGCAGCAGCAGCAGGGGCAGGAUGCCGACAAUGCCGGUGGGCAGUCUUUCAACAGCAGCCUGAGUGCCGAUUUCCUGUCCGGGAGGCCCGUGUCUCCUUCCGAGGAGCUCGUCCACAAGGAAAUUCGAGUGGCUUGUCUGAGGCUGCUGGGUUCCCUCUUACGACUCGGAGGCACCGCUCGAGAGGGGUUCCUGUCCACGUCCGCCACCCACCGCGAUGGUGGGUUCACGCACAUAAAGGAACUUUGCGGUAGUCCUCGCGAAGAAAAGGAAGAAACCGCGCCGCCAGCCCGAAAAACGACCGGCGCAGCCGCUGCGGAAAAGAACAACGCCGGCGGUGAGAACGCGGGGGGAUGGGUCAGACCGGAAUCGUUUCGCAGCUGGAACCUCAGCGCCGGGGAAGGCUGCGAACCCGCGUCGCUACGGGACUCCCUGCCGUACGUGCGGAUGAUCUCGAUGUUCAUGCUGCCGCUCCGCAACCCAGACGCGCCGAUCACCGACAUCGUCGCCGCGCUGGUCGCCCUGAAGCGGCUGUGCCGAGAGAACGAGCACGAGACCGGCGGGACGCAACCCGAACCUCUUCCCCAAUCCGCGGAGAACGACGAAUCGGUGCCUCCGCUGCCGUCGAGUAGGGAAGGGACGGCGGGAGUGCUUGUCGACACAAUUGCCGGAGUGGCGGUCAGCAUGGGCGCCCUCGUGCCUCUGAUGUCGAUAUGGGGCUGCGCGCUGGCGGCCGCCGGUUCCGCCGCCGACCUCGCCCCGGAGGAGACCGGCAUGGUCAACGAGUGCCAGGCGCUGAUCGACUACCUCAUCCGCAGGGGCCACGCCAGGGAGGAGUUCUGGUCUUCCCUCCCGUCCCUGGGGCAGAUCGCCGAGACCAAGGCGGCCGCCGCGGAGGCCGCGGCGCCGAAGAAGGCCCCGCGGAAGUCCAAGGGAUCCGCGGUGAAGGCCGGAAAGGGCGGCGGCGGCGACGGUGGGAAGGGCUCCAGGUCGUCGGUGACCGGGCUCGAGGUCGAAGACGAAGAGAAGCCCGACGCAGCGCCGAAGCCCCCCGAGCCGCCGGCCGGCCGGCCGGACCCGAACCUCGGGCCGAACCGCGCGAGCUGGAGCAAGCUGCUCGACUCGAGAAUGGACGAGCAGCGCACCCAGACGUGCGGGACGACGGCCCUCCUGAUGGCCACCGUGACGGGCCUCGAGACAGCGGUCGGCAACCUGCUCCUGGCCGGAGCGGACCCUAACGUCCGAGGAAAGGACGGCCGGUCGCCGCUCAUGUGCGCCCUCGCGCAGGGGAUGGACGAGGCGGCGCACGGCCUCGUGGCGGCCGGGGCCGACGUGGACGCCGUCAACCACCUCGGCGACAACGUCCUGAAGUGCGCGUUCCUGUGCCCUUCGCGGCAGGCGAUGCGAGACGUCAUGCGGAAGGGCCCGGAGGCCGCCGGAGCAGAGGCGGUGCCGAUGGCCCCUUCUUCCGGCUGGGCGGGCCCGCUCAGCUCCGCGAGCAGCAGCCGACGAGGCUCGACGGCGCCGUCGAUCGACGGGUGGUCUGGCCGCGUCGGGCGAAGGAGAUCCAAUUCUCGCAGCGUGAGCCGCAGCCGUAGUCGCAGCCGCAGCAGGUCCGGGAGCCUCACGAGAGACCGCCGGAGGUCCUCGCUAGGCCGCUCCGUCUCGUUUGGCGAGGGCGCCUUCGGGUUCGACACGGCGGGGGGGGCAGCCUCAAGUGGUGGCAGCGGUGGUGGCCGGCGGCGAGUGUCGCGGAUGGCGUCGCUGUCCGCCCUGGACUCCGCGCGCGCGGCGCUACACGACCUCGCGCCCCGGGAGUCCGCCCGUCCGCUCAAGACUCCGAGGGGGACCACUAUCGUCCGGGGGGACGCGCGGAUGGUUCCCUACAUCCUGGGGUGCGGUGCCGACCCCAACGUCUCGAGCGCGAGCGGCGACUUCCCCUUGCACUGGGCGGUGAGCGGGACGGAGCUAACGGUGAAGAUUAUGAAUCAAAGGGUAAAGAUCGUCGCAGGAGGCACGGAUGGCGGAGACGGUGUCGUCAGAGGGGAGGGCCAUGGGAAAACAACAAGAGCGGAUGUAGGCGAAGAUAGUAGCAGCAAUGGUAGCAACGCGAAUCGGCCCGCGGCGGCCGCGGCAGGGGCAACAGUGGCGGGCGCGGCGGCGACUGAGCAAGGAGCUGCGGAACACGAACAAGACGUGGCGCUCCUGAAGGUACUGGUGGGAGCGGGUUCUGCCUUGGACGCGUGCAACCCCGACGGCAUGACCGCGUUGCACGCCGCGGUUCUAGCGGGCCGCGGAACUCUCGCAGGGACUCUUCUCGACGCGGGCGCUAGCCCGAACUACUCGGACUCUCUCGGGUGUUUGCCGUUACACUACGCCUGCCUACGUGCCGUCGCCGGCUACGCUGAUCUCGCAAACCGGUUGCUGGCUCUGGGGAUGGGAAGGCCGCUCGACAAAGGCGUCCAUCGGGACUUGCGCAAGGGCAAAACACGGCGAGAAAAACUCAUUUUGGAUGUGGCAGACAUCAUGCACAAAGGGCUGCGCGAGGCCACGGAGCCCUCCAGCAUCACCCAGCAUCGUGCGACACGCUCGGAGCUCCUCAACUUCGUGAGCGCCGAGGGGCUCACCCCGAUACACUACGUCUGCGACGGCCGCAUCGUCGGCCGGCACGCGGCCGCCGCCGUCCUGGCGCUCUGGGAAGAGCGGGCACCUCCCGCUACUGCCGCACCCGGAACAACAAUUCUCAACGGUGGCGGUCCUGACAGCGGGGGCGGAGAAGGACGGGUAACAGUCGAAGACGGCUCUAUCGACCGCGUCAAGACGCUGAGGUGGCUCUUGUCCGAAUCCGAAGUGGACCCGACGGUGAGGCUGCCGCGCGGCGCGACGACGCUCCACUUGGCCUCGCGCACGCCGGGGUCGCAGGGGGCCGACCUCGUCCGCGUGCUCACGCAUGCUGGCGGGGCGGGAGCGUGGGAGUCCGCUAGGCUUUUGCUCUCGGCGGGUGCACGUGUCAGGCCGGAGGGGAGCUUCCCUCCAUGCCUUCACGUUGCCUGCCUUGCCGGCGCGCCAGCGUCACUGGUUAAGGCCCUUCUUGACGGGGACAGCCAGGCAUCCAGCACCACCAUCUUGCCCGCCGGGGCCGAGCCAUACACAGCGAGCCCGCUGCUGCUCGCGGCGGCGUCUGGAAACGCGGACCUGGUUGAAAUGCUGCUGUCGACAGCGGGCGGCAUCGGUAGCAUCGUCGAAGACCAUACAGCAAUGUUGGUCGGUACGGGCGGAGACGACGGGGUUCCACGCACGGCUAGCGCUGAAGGUUCAGAAAGCAUCUGGACCAUGGAGCACAGCCCUUCGGACGGACGCAAUCCCCUUCACGCCGCCGCCGCCGAGGGGCACAUGCUGGCGGCACUGGUUCUUGUCGACGCGGACGCAGACGCCACAAGGGAUGGGUCCGCACCGCGCUCGUGGUUGAACACCCCGGACAUUGAGGGGAACACCCCGCUCGAUGUGGCCGUGUACGGGGGUCACUGGGAGUGCGCAGAGCGUCUGGCCGUGGCCGAACGGUUUGACAUCAGGCUGGCGGUCGAGAGGGGCCCGUCGAGCUCCCUGAUUGUUGUGGAGCGGGCGAACAUGGCGAUAGUUGACGAAGGAUCGGGGGACCCGCAGACUCUGCGCGCUCUUCGGGAGAGCAACAAGCUCGUCAUGGCGCUCCUGAAACGGCUGCACGACACCGCCGGGGAAACGGUGGCGGCGGCGGCGGCGGCGACCACCACUACGGCGACUGCCCCGACAUGUGAACAAACGGACGGUGAAGCCGCCGUCACGGAUGAUGCUAUCGAUGACACCGCCGCCGGCGCUUCGCCCCCCUCUUCUGAUCGGGGGCAGCCAGAGGAUGAGGCCCAAACGCCGGCGAUCCCCGCCCAUGAUGGUGCCGGCGCUGCGGCACAGCCGCUACCGUCACCACGACCGACGUCCUUCCCUGUCGUACACCACCUCCACCCGUGCUUCGCCGAGGGCGUGCUGUACUCCAACGCGAAGGGAAUCUUCGUCCCAGAGACCCCGGAACGGACAAGGAGGCGGCGAUCGUCCCGACAACAGGAGGAAGGGGAUGCGCAUGAUCGAGCGGCGGUAGUCAUACAGUCGAGGGCGCGCCAGGCGGGCGCGAAGCGAGCCGUCGCGGAGAGGAGAGCGGACAUCAUGGCGGCAGACAACAGACGGCGUGCGAGCAGCAGCAGCGGCGGCGUCGGCAGGCGCCGGUCAUGGUCGGAAGCGACCGACCAGGAGAAGGCCGCCGUAAUCAUCCAAGCCCAGGCACGCCAGGCGCGAGCAAGGUCCGAAGCGGCACUCCGAAGAGAGCACCAACAACGGCGGAGAAGCAGCAAACGAGGUGGCGAAGUAGGGGCGGUUGUGGUCACACGGGUCCAGCCGCAGCAGCAACAGUAG